GGAUUCAGAUCUUCUUCUGUGCUGUUCCAGCUGAACAUACUUGUGCUUCUAAUUCUAACUGGAUACUCUUGUCUAGUCAGCGGCCAGGGCUGUGCAGCAUUUGAAGGACCACAGAACACUGACUAGACUUGGAAGGUGAAGCAACGCCUCUUCCCAGCUUGGAUACAUCUUGGUGAGCUGUAACAGAAAGCCCUGUGAUCCCACUGCUGCCACCAACAACAUGAGCUCAGAAGGCGAUGAAGGCCACCCAGAGAAAAACAGCCCUGUAGAAGCUGCAAUUGACUUCAUCCUGAAUGUCUUCAAUAAUGAGGACUUGCAACUCUUACUGACUGAUGAUAUAGCCUGGGAGAAUUUUGUGGCUGAGACUAACUUAUCCAGGGAUGAGGUUGCUGCACUGCGUGAAGUCCUGAGCAGUCUAGCAGCAGACACAGGAGAUCUAGAAGACACAGGAAAGAUGGAAGAAAAAGACAUACUUCAAACAGAACAGGAACAUACAAAGAGGUUUUUGAAGGAAUUUCCUUAGAUGAAAAAAGAACUGGAGGAGUGCAUAACACAGCUCCAUGCUCUUGCAGACAAAGCUGACCUACACAGGAACUGCACCAUCUCUAAUGUGGUGGCCAGCUCUACUGGCAUUGUAUCUGGUAUCCUGACAAUUGCUGGUCUGACUUUGGCACCUGUGACAGCAGGGCUCAGUCUAGCACUCACAGCAACUGGAAUGGGACUUGGGACUGCUUCUGCCUUGACCAGCAUAUCCACCAGCAUUGUAGAACACUCAAGCAGAUCAUCAAUAGAAGCUGAAGCCAAGCGCCUGGCAGCAAAUGACAUCGACCGAGGGAAGGUGAUCGCAGAAGUUCUGUGUGAUAGUGUUCCUAAAAUGAUGACUUUAAGCAAUAAGGUCAUAAGUGGUGUGAAUGGCAUUGAGAAGAACAUUCAUGCCAUCAAGUUGGCUAAAAAUUACCCUCGCUUAGUUGCCCGUGCCAAACGAGUUAUGACCACUGGAAGAAUCUCAGCCCGAGGUGGCAGGCAGGUACAGAAGGCUUUUGGAGGCACUGCUCUGGCAAUGACCAAGGGAGCCCGGCUGGCAGGUGCAGCCACCACAGGCCUCUUCAUUCUGAUGGAUGUGGCCAGCCUUGUGCAAGAUUCAAAGCACCUGCAUGAAGGGGCAAAGACAGAGUCAGCUGAACAGCUGAGGCAGCAGGCCCGUGAGCUGGAGAUGAAGCUGGAGCAGCUCAAAGAAAUCCAUGAGAGUCUACAACAGGACUGAGUUCAUGACCCCUGGUGUAGGCCAGAGAGGAGGUCUGUGUUGUUAUAAAACUAGAGGAGUUACCUUGUAAGAGAGACAGAAGAAGCUGAAAUAAAGAUUAAGGAAUCAUAAA